CGAUACUUUUUCAAAUGUAUCUCAACAGUCAAUAGGAUCGAUCACGUAGAACGACGAGCCAAACAGUUAAAUUAAACAAGUAUCUAUUUUAUGUUCUAAUUAAAAUUAAUCACUUUUAGUAGCUUUUUUUAAAGACGUUUUUGUUAAUAAUUAGUUUUAAAACUAAUUUGUUUAAAAAAAACAAUACAAAAAAUUCCGGAAUAUAUUUUAAUAUUGCAACAAUGUUCAGGUCAACGUUGGUAUUACCAAAAUCCAAUCCUCGAGACAAAAAUAAUGGAAAUGUAGCUUUAAUAAGAGAUGGACAAUAUAUAUGGUGUGAUAAAAAUAUUUUAGCAAUUCGAAGUAUCUAUUUAGAACAUAUUUUUACAAAUAAUCCUACACAAAGAGAAUUUGUCGUGGAUAAUUUAUUUUCAUCAGCACAAACCUUAGAAAAUCUUAUUGAUUUUAUGUAUACAUCCUCAAUUGAGUUUACUGAAAGUAAUAUGAUUGAAAUUUUAUUAGAUUCCAAAACACUUGGAUUGAAAGAAGUAGAAGAUGCCGUUUUAAACUAUAUCAAGUCAAGAAUAACUAUUUACAACUGCCUACAAUUGUGCAAUUUUAAAAAUAUGAUUGAUGUUUUAAAAGAUGACUGUGUGUUAUUUAUAAAGAAAAAUAUUAAUUAUGUGAUUAGAACUCAAGAUUUUUUUAAAUUGGAUAGCUCUCAAAUAAUUGAUUUUAUUGAAAAUGUUCAAAACGAAUCAAAUCAAAAAAAGAUAUUUGAAGCGUUAAUGAUGUGGGUAAAAUAUGACCAAACAAACAGAAAACAAUUUUUACCAAAACUUUUUAUUAAAAUCAAUAUUGAAGCAUUCCCAAUAUCGUAUAUAGAAAAUGUUAUCAUGAAAGAUGUUUUAAUAAUGGAAAAUGUCCAGUGUAGUAAUCAUAUGGCCAGCAUUUUUCUUAAAAUGUUGCAGAAUGCUCAGAUUAUGAUACAAAAAUUAAAUAGAAAGAGAUCCCAGUUAUCACAAAUUUUAAUGCUUGCUCAAUGUAUGAUUUCUGAAACCCCAGCAAUUAAGGUUCUCCAAGAAGUAAAAGAAACCGAGGGUACAAGAGUAAUUAAGUCUUGGGAGAAUAAUCAAUUGGCGACAAUUUCAAACAAUAAAUCGCAAUGCAUAGAAAAUACUGAAAUGUCAGAAAAUGAAAAUGAUAUACAUCUAAUACAAACUUUUUUGUUUACAAAAAAAGAAAAUUUUAAUUCACAAGUUAUUAUAAUAUGUCAAUUUUCUGAAGAUUUCAACGAACAAUCUCUAUCAUUUUUAGACCGAAGCGAUAAAAAAUGGAAGAAUAUUAAUCUUAAUGGUUUUCAACCGAGUACAUCGAUGUGCACGUUUUUUGAAGAUGGAAAGUAUUUUGAAAUUGGAAAAUCUCCAGUUGAUAAUAAACUUGUCAAUAUGAUAGCCCGUAGUAGUAAAAAAUUAAGUGAAUCAAAUUAUUUGCAUUUAACACCAAAAUUGAUUCAUUUAAAACAUUCCGUUUAUAUAUUGGAAACGUCAUUAAAUGGAAAAUCCCAGUACAAUGAAAUUUACGAUAUUCAAUCUAAUCGUUACAGAAAAAUAGAAAAGAUGAAUGAAUUUCGAACGGAUUUUAGUGUAGUGGCUUGUGACAAUCUUAUCUAUGCAGUUGGAGGAUAUAAUAGUAAAACAAUUGAAUGUUAUUAUCCCGAAGAGAACGUGUGGCGUAUAUUUAAGCAUACUAUGAAAGUACCCAGGAAAAAUGCUGCCGUUUGCGUUGUGAAUGAUACUAUCUAUGUAUUUGGUGGUACGGAUAAAGCUAACAAUGUAUUAUUUUCUGGCGAAAAAUUUGAUGUGCGCUGUCAAAUUUGGCAUGAUAUUCCGCCAAUGAACAAGGGACGCACCAACGCUCUUGCAGUUUCCAAAAACGGCUUCAUAUUUGUCAUUGGCGGAGAAAACCAAAAUUCUUAUGAAGUUUUUGAUACAUCUUCAAUGACAUGGAAAUUAUCAAGUAUAAAAAUGAAUAAAACGUGGGCCCAUACUAAAGGAGUAACUCUUGAUGCAGAAACUAGUUUUUACUUCAAAAAAAAUAUGAAAUAUUUCAUCUAAAAAUUAAUAUAACUACAAAAACUUUGAUAAUCAUAUAUUUACUUUAGAUAUUUUAUUUAUCAAUUAAUUUUUUGUAAUAUUUAAAGAAACUUGAUGGUAUUAAUUUUAUAAUUUCAUAAAAAAAAGUAAACGUUAAGCAUUCGUUUUAUGAAUGCGUAGAUAUAAAUAAAGUAUGUUUGUUAAUUUGAUUUGUUUUCGGACACCCAUAUACAGGCUAAAGGUUAGACAACUUAAUUAGCUUUCCUGUACAAAUUAAAUUGUAUUUAGCACAGGAUUUUAGAAUA